GGGCCGUCGGUGCCGCCGUCGUUCCACGAAACGGGAGCCAAUGAGCGCGGCGGACAAAUUGGCACGCCGACGGACGACGUGAGUCGAGCAGAGACGAGAAUGGCGGCGCGAGGAUCUGUUAAUCCAUUUCAAUAUCUACUUAAGCCAUUAGAAGUUAAUGGAUCGAAAUAUCAAUAUUUUGAUUUACUCGAUUUAAAAGAUCCAAAGUAUGAAAGACUUCCAUUUUCGAUAAGAGUAUUAUUAGAAGCAGCAGUUCGUUGUUGCGAUAAUUUUCAUGUGAAGGAAGAUGACGUAAAGAACAUACUAAAUUGGGAAGCGCUUCAAACGGAUCGUUCGGGUGUGGAAGUUGCCUUCAAACCUGCUAGAGUUAUACUUCAGGAUUUUACUGGAGUUCCAGUUGUUGUUGAUUUUGCAGCAAUGAGGGAUGCAGUAGCAAAUUUAGGCGGUAAUCCCGAGAAAAUCAAUCCGUUGUGUCCUGCCGAUCUCGUCAUCGAUCAUUCGGUACAAGUGGAUUUUUCUAGGACCAUUUUGAGAGAUUCCCCAAACCCAGGUGGUGGAGAUCAAAGCAAAACAACUGUUUGCAAUGACUGUAUACAAAAUGGAGGGAAAUGUCGCGUAAAUUCGGCGUUUUCGGAUGCCUCCCUUUCCGGUUCUUCCACGAAACCCGAUCGUUCAGAAAUUCGUCCCUUGUCAUUACAGAGGAUAUCAAACGAUAGCUCUAGGACGAAAUCCAAUUUACCAGUUAACAAAAGUAUUGAUAGCAAUUCCAUUUUUAAUAAACAAAGUCCAAUCGUGCAUCCUCAUCCAGAACUUCCUAUUCAACAUUUCGUUUGUCCAUUUCAUUCUUUAAAAUCUAUAGGUGCUGAUGCUCUUCAAAAAAAUUUAGAUUUAGAAUUUGAAAGAAAUCAAGAAAGAUUUUCAUUUUUGAAGUGGGGUGCUAAAGCAUUUAAGAACAUGAUGAUCAUUCCUCCGGGAUCUGGUAUAGUCCAUCAAGUUAAUUUAGAAUUUCUUGCAAGAGUGGUGUUUAAUCAGGAUGGACUUUUGUACCCGGACAGUUUAGUUGGAGCCGACUCCCACACAACCAUGAUAAACGGACUGGGCGUCGUAGGUUGGGGAGUUGGAGGAAUAGAAGCAGAAGCGGUAAUGCUUGGACAAGCCAUAAGUAUGAUGCUUCCUAAAGUCGUCGGCUAUAAGUUAACAGGAAAGCUCGAUCCGCUUGUCACCUCUACGGAUGUCGUUUUAACUAUAACAAAACACCUGAGACAAGUCGGCGUCGUUGGAAAAUUUGUGGAAUUUUUUGGCCCCGGAGUAUCAGAAUUAUCGAUAGCAGAUCGGGCAACAGUUUCUAACAUGUGUCCCGAGUACGGUGCAACCAUUGGGUUUUUUGCGGUCGACGACAAGAGUCUGAUGUACUUAAAACAGACAGGCAGAGACGAAAAAAUGCUGCAAUAUACAGAAACUUAUUUAAGAGCCGUAAAAAUGUUUCGCAAUUACAACAAUCCUAACGAAGAUCCCAUAUUUUCUGAAACAAUAGAGUUGGAUCUGGCAACCGUAGUGUCUUCUGUCAGCGGACCGAAGAGACCUCACGAUCGCGUUGCUGUUAGCAAAACGAAAGAAGACUUUUUGAAAUGCUUAGAAAAUAAGGUUGGUUUCAAAGGAUACGGUUUACCUCAGGAAAAACUAGCCACUACCAUUCCAUUUAUUUUUGAUGAUCAAGAAUAUACAUUAAGCCACGGUUCCGUAGUUAUUGCUGCAAUUACCAGUUGCACAAAUACUAGUAAUCCUUCCGUCAUGCUAGGAGCAGGACUUCUAGCGAAAAAGGCCGUGGAAAUGGGUCUCUCAGUCGCUCCGUACGUUAAAACCAGCAUGUCACCUGGAAGCGGAGUUGUAACGUAUUAUCUGAACGAAAGUGGAGUCACACCUUAUUUGGAAAAAUUAGGCUUUGAUAUCGUGGGAUACGGAUGCAUGACUUGCAUCGGAAAUAGCGGGCCAUUACCAGAAUCUGUGGUCGAAGCCAUAGAGAAGGGAGAUCUCGUCGUCGCCGGUGUCUUAUCCGGAAACAGGAAUUUCGAAGGACGUAUCCAUCCCAACACGAGAGCAAAUUAUUUGGCUUCACCUCUUUUGGUGGUGGCGUACGCAAUUGCAGGAACAGUGGCCAUAGACUUUGAAAAAGAACCUCUAGGCAAGGACCAGACUGGAAAGAAUGUGUAUCUUAAAGAUAUCUGGCCAUCUAGAAAUGAACUUCAGGAAAUAGAACGCAAAUUUGUGAUUCCAGGAAUGUUUAAAGAAGUAUACUCUAAAAUACAACAAGGAAAUCAGUGUUGGAAUCGCCUGGAAGCUCCAGACAGUUUGCUCUUUCCUUGGGAUAGCAAAUCUACUUACAUUAAACUACCACCAUUUUUCGAGGGCAUGACAAGAGAGCUUCCGUCUGUAGAAAAUAUUAUAAAUGCUAGAGUUCUAAUAAAUCUUGGAGAUUCCGUCACCACCGACCACAUAUCUCCGGCAGGCAGCAUAGCACGUAACAGUCCGGCUGCUAGAUAUUUGGCAAACCGUGGUUUGACACCCCGCGAAUUCAACUCUUACGGUGCCAGACGAGGUAACGACGAGGUGAUGCGCCGCGGAACAUUUGCCAACAUUCGCCUGUUGAAUAAAUUCAUCGGCAAAGCGGGACCUCGUACAAUUCACAUUCCAUCCGGAGAAGAGAUGGACAUAUUCGAAGCGGCAGAAAGAUACAAACUAGAAAAUAUCCCACUGAUCAUCCUAACGGGAAAGGAAUACGGUUCGGGAUCUUCACGCGAUUGGGCUGCAAAGGGACCAUAUUUACUGGGUAUCAAAGCCAUUAUCGCGGAGAGUUACGAGAGGAUUCACCGCAGCAACCUGAUAGGGAUGGGUAUCGUGCCCCUGCAGUACCUUCCCGGCCAGAACGCCGAAUCCCUGGGCCUGACGGGAAAAGAAGAAUACAGCGUGGCCCUCCCCGCCGACAUGGCGCCCGGACAGACCACCACCGUGACGGUGGACGGCUCCAAGAAAUUCUCCGUUCUGGUUCGGUUCGACACGGAAGUGGAGCUGGCCUACUUCCGCCACGGAGGUAUCCUUCAGUACAUGGUUCGUCACAUGAUCGACUAGAAGAAUCCCCGCCGCUCCUCGGGCGACCGGACCCUUUUCUUUCUUUCUUUUUUGUAAUCUGCCCGAAAUUUUGUAUAAAACCGGAAAUACUUGCCACGUUGGUGCGCGAACUUUAGGGAACAACAACAACGCCGACGAUUUUUUUUCUAUGGGAAUCUUCGGUCUCCGUCCCCUCGCCACGCUAAAUCGAGGGGUCGUUACUCGAGUCACACACUUCCUUGUAAAUUAUGGAUACCACGUCGAUGUCUAUGCGAGAGAAGAGGACCGAAAACAAUUUUUUUAUCACUCCGUAUAUAUUAUAUAUAUAUAUAUAUUAAGAUGUAUACCUACGAGAUAUUUACAUGUUACUUCCCCAGAAUAUGCUUAUAUUUGAGGAUAAAACAGUUUAGUACGAGAUUA